AUGGCGGCAUCUGUCCAGCGAGAGGGCUGUGUGGAGGAGUCCGUGGCCUCGGCCCCAAAUUGGAAGGCGAAAUCCGAGGCUUUCUCUGGGCUUCCCCUCUUCUGCAAGUUUAACCAAGCCUCUGAGAGGAUGUGUCUCAGCAGCCACGCCUUGGUCCUCGUCCCGGAGACAUGUCCACAAGUGGUGUCCGCCCUGCGGGCUGCCGAAAUCACGGAGUUGGCCUGUGCUGAGAUUCCGGAGGAGGUGCUGAUUGUGCUGACGCCUGCAGAGUCGGCUGCUGUCACCACACUUCUGCGGGAGCUAAGCCUGCCGAGGCUGAAGUGGGCAGACUUGCUUCAGGAUCAGGUGUUCCCUUGGGCAGCAAACGCUCGCAACACGGACGUCACCGUGCGCCAAGGUCUGAUGAGGGCCUUGGUCUAUCAUUGGCGGGAUAUGGAACUGAUGGGAAAUACCACAUGCCUGGAGGCAUUGCAACGAAUUCCCUUCAUCAGCACAGUUGGGGGCAGCAUCAUGUCUGCGGUUGAUAUGCUGGAUCCAACCGUGGACAAGCUUCGCGCGCUGUAUGGCCCCGGUGAUGUGCCAGGGCCCUUUCCGGAUAGUCGCUGGCUGUCAGCAGAGUGCCGAGCAGUGCUUCACUACAGGACCGAGCUGAGUUACCAGGAGAUAAGUGAGCGGCUUGGUUUCCUACACCAAAUUGAAACCGAGCGCCGCAGAGCUCUUGAAGAUGCCGGGUCCAAUGCCAGGCCCGAGGCUUCCUUGGAGGUGCGGGCAGUUGCCAUGGCUUUGGUGAGGUACGUCUGCGACGAUGUCUGCACCGCGAUGAAGGACGCUGGGGAGGAUCUGCCGGGGAAGCAGAAGGAGGAGCGGCCCCGUCAAUCGGAAGGCGGCUUCUGGCAAGCUCUGGACUUUGUGGGAAUGCUCAGCGGACCUGCAGAAGCCGCAAAGCCUGCGAAGAAAGCUGCCAAGCUCUCACCGGAUGAGCUCAUGUCGAUCCAGUCGAAACUCAAACGAUGCUACUGGCUCGCACCGCUUCCUCGCCCGGAUGGGUGGCCCUUGGACGCUCCUUGGAGAGGUUCAGAAUGUGGCCUCUGCUCAUCGGAAGAGGUGCGUUUGGCUUCAGAGGAGUUCUUGGUUGGCAUGGUCCGCCCACUCAUCGGCCUUGUGACUCCCGCAUCUCCAGGUGGCGGCAGGCUCUCCCAUCACUUCGUUGAGUGCCUUGGAAUGAUGGAGAAGCCGAGUGAAGGACUGAUCAAGGAGCAGCUCGCAAAGAUGCAGGCCUGGGCAUCGAUGCUGCCAGAUGAAAAGCGAGAGGUGAGCUCGCCGUGGAUCACUCGAUGCCUCUAUGAUCACCUGUAUCCCACCUUCUUGAAUGCUACGCGUGUUGAGGAGAUCGCCAGCGACAGCAACCAGCAGCUGUGGGUGCCACAAGGAGGUUUCUUGCCCAUGUCGCGAAUCGCUCGACAGCACAUCGAAUUUCCGCCUUAUUUGGUCAAGGCACCUCCUGAAUGGAGGGAGAAGAUACCAGUUCUGUGGUCCAAAGUGAAGGACAGCUUCGGCGUCCGAGAUUGCAGCGAGGCCUUGUGCAGGAUGGCUGAGAUCGCAAAGCAGUCCGGAAAGGAGUCUCUGGACUCUGAACACCUUGACAGUGCUGUCCGCCUCAUACUCGCCAUCUCGGACAUGCUGCAGCAGGAGCGUGCGGAGAGCGCUGGUGCUGCGGCCGGCAGCAAGCUCGACAUCCUGAUGCCCACGACGGAGUCGACGCUGCGUUCUGCUCGGGACUGCGUCUUCAACAACAUGACUUGGCUGCCGGAUGUGGAGACAGCCGAUCUGAACCUCGGAAGCUACGGUCUCGUGCACCAAAAGAUCUCCCAUGCAGUCGCUCACACAUGCGGGUGCAGAGGCCUUUCCUUGGUCUAUGCUCGUGAGGCGACAGAGAUGCACGGAGCUGACUGGUGCGAAGCUGCAGGUCAGAGUGAGCCCAUAACCACGCGCCUGAAGAACUUGCUGAAGGACUACCCUGCGGACGUCAGCAUGUUCAAAGAGAUGGUGCAAAAUGCAGACGAUGCCGGUGCCACUGAGGUGCACUUCGUUUGGGACUGGCGACAACAUCGGAGGCAGUCUUUGCUCACCCCGGACAUGGAUCGCUGGCAAGGCCCUGCCUUGUGGAUCUUCAAUGAUGCGCAGUUCUCCAGCAAAGACUUCGAGAGCAUUUGUCGUCUUGGAGUCGGGGGAAAGCGUGACCAGACCAGGAAGAUUGGCCGGUUUGGACUUGGCUUCAACUCAGUAUACAACUUCACUGACUUGCCCAGCAUCCUCAGUGAUGACAUGGUACUAUUCCUGGACCCUCAUGUGCAUCAUCUGUCUGCCAUGGGAGCCUCCGUGCAGAAGCCCGGCAUAAAGCUGCGCUUUCUGAAGAUCAAGGUCUUGGAGAAAUUCCGCGAUCAGUUCCUUCCGUACCACCAUCUCCUGGAUUGCGACCUGUCUUCCUCUCGGCCCUUCCCGGGCACGCUGAUGCGCGUGCCUUUCCGCACCGCGGAGGUGGCAAAGGCAAGCGAGGUGAGCAACAUCCAGAUGGACAAAGCACUUGCAGCUGAGCUCACAUCGCAGUUUCGGGCAGAAGCGUUUCAAUGGCUGCUUUUCUUGCAGAAUGUUGCCAGGAUCCGGCUCUCGGAAAUCCACGAGAACAUGGGGUCAGAGGAUGUUUUAACAACGACGAUCUGUGAGGUGAAGAUGGGAGUACCGGCGCCUCUGGCUUCCGAGACCGUGGAGGCUGAGGACACAGCACCCGCCAAGCGCAUCUCCGCCAUCGGCUCCGAUUGUGUCGUUGCAGAUAUCACCAUCGACGCAACGGACGCUAGUUGUCCUGGGCACCGAAGUCACCACUACAGGCUUAUCGGUGGAGCAGACUGCGGCGUCACCGAGCAAGUCUGCAUUGCGCUGCCUCUGGUGGAGCUUCCUGGCAGCACAAAUGGGAACGACACCGCGGGCUAUCCCAAAGAGGCGGCAAACGUACCGCUGCUGAAGCUGUCAAAGGAGGAGGGUCGACUCUUCUGCUUCCUUCCGCUUCCGAAGAGUGCCCUCUCGCUGCGCCUGGCAGCUCACAUGCACGCGCCCCUGAACACAACACAGGAUCGUCGAAAUGUACUCAUGGAUGAGCGGGUCGGCGAAAGAGAGCUUAUCACCAAGAACGUUCGUCUACUUGAUGUUCGCAUUCCUGAGUGCGUUGCUCGCUGCAUACUGAACCUUUCCACGCGGGCGUCUCCACAGGACUACUUCAGCGUCUUUCCGGUCUUGCAUCCGAGUGCACGCGGUGGAGAUGGCCGCAAACAAGAGGUGCCGGAAAGCACCGUUGCAGAUCGCGUCGCCCAGUCUUUUUACAAGCUGCUGAUUCGGCGCGCCGAGCCUUUCUUUCCGACCGUGGCCCCAUCUGAAGGAAUGACGUGGAGCACCUGCGUGUCCUUCAGUGAGGCGGUCUUCUGCUCCCCCCGCGAGGCAAAGCUAUCGAGUGGCGGUCCGGCAGACCAGGGAGCUGCGCUUCUGACGGCCGUUUGCCAAUGUCUUGCGCGUUUUGGCGUUCAUGUGGUGAAGAUCCCGCUCCGAGUGCUCGAGUCCUUGGAACAAGUGUUGCACCCGGCGCAGCCGCGCGUGUUGACUCCGGCGUGGUUACGCCAGUUCCUUCGAGCAGUUGGGGCCAGCAAAUCAAGCUUUCCGAUCUCUGAAGAUGCAAAGUCUGCCACGCUAGCCGCCCCUGAGAUGCGCAAGAAUGCAGAGGUCUCCAUCUCGUCUUUGACUACAGAGGAGGCCAUUGCUUUGUUGGACUACGCCAUAGCAGAUGGUGACUUUGCAGACCUCGAGGGAGUACCGUUGCUGAUUUCAGAGGAUGCGGCAGUGGGAACAGUGAGCUUCACUUCCACGCCGAGUGCUGCUGGGGUUUUCGUGCCCGAGGACGAUGAUGAGUAUCAGCUCCUUCCCCAGGCACCGCGGCGGGUGCUCUCAAAGAAAGUCCGAGCUCUGCGCCCUUGGGUGUGGCAGCACCUUCGGCAGAUAGCUUCCGGGGAUGCACCACAAGGGCAGAAGCCAUCAGGCCCCAACGGAAGUUUCCAGCUUAAGCGAAUGACCGUCGAGCCGCUGAUGGCCGCGUUGCAGGAACUGCUGCCCAAGGGCUGGAAUGUGAAGUCUCCGGAGGUGCCCAAGUCCGAGUGGGAAGGCUGGGUGGAGACAUGGUUGCGGACGCUGUGGCAUUGGCUAAAUCGGAUGAGUGUUCCCGCCAAGAACCUGCUCCAUUGGCCGCUGGUGCCAAGUUUGCGACCACUUCCGACCCCGAUCGUACAAGGCAGCGAGGAUUCGGUCUCGGACACGCAGCCAGAGUACAAGGUCCGAUUGCACAGGCUGCUCCCGGACAGUGCGCUCUUCAGCGCAUCGGAAGAGCAGGACUCCAGAAGGCAGGACUCACAACAGAUGGAGAGGCCAGCCAGUGGAAUCUUGAGCGGAGAGCACGCGCGGCCAUUGGUCGAGCUGCUUGAAAAUCGAUUGGGCUGCACACCAGUCUGGUUGCCCAAGUGGCUGAAGGGAGAUCGAGAACGGCAGCUGAACGGUUUCGUUCACCCUGCAACUGCAGACGGGCUUAUGAAGGCAGCCCAUUCCAGACUGCGAUUGCUGGUCAGGGAAAAGCAUGCCGCGCAGGUUUCUUCCCGAUCCGCUGCCGUCCUCGAGCUGCGGAAGCUGUUUGGCUCGGACAUGUCCAAGGAGGAGCAGGCAGCUUUGGCUGCUUGGCUUGUGCGAGCCAGCGUCGAAAGCUGUGACUGCCCCCGCAGCGCAGAGACCACCGAUGACCAGACUGGCGCCGUCGCAACGACAGCCAAAGCAAAAGGAACAGAGGGAUGGAGGCUCAAAUGUGGAAUUGUGCAAGCCGCACCACUCUUCCGCCCCUUUGCCACGCCCAAGGAGCUUGUUGCUCUCAUUGAGUUCGACCAAGCCAAGCACCGUGGGACAGAUAUGCAGAAGGCUUCCUCUCGUUCAAGCUGGUCGCUCCUUCCGGAGGCCUGUGUGGAAGUCGUGGCUGCGCUCCGGGUUGCUCAAGUUCCAAUGGCCGGUUGCGUGGAGCCCGCGACCGACUCCAUUGCGGCACUCCUGCGUGAGCUGCAAAUGCCGCGCCUCAGCUGGGCCGAGGUAUUGCUGGAGCAUGUGUUUCCAUGGGCAUCGAAUCCAGGAGUGGAAGCUGCCACCCGUCAAGGGCUUCUUCUUGCUGUGGUCCAACGUUGGAGGGAGAUGGAGCUCGCCGGGAACGAGCAGUGCAUUCAGGCCUUGCAGCGAGUGUCCUUCAUCUCCACGGUGGAGGGCAAGAUCUGCAGUCCGGCGGCUCUAUUGGAUCCCAGAAAGGAGGAGCUUCGAAGCCUUUACAUUGGUGAGACGGGGCCGUUCCCAUCAGCUGAAGUACGGACAGUGCUUCAGCCUCUGAUGCAGCGGGGUCUGCUACGAUUCCGGCAGGAACUUUCCCUCGAGGAGCUAAACGAGCGUUUGUCUUUCCUCGAUGCUUUCGGUCGAAGCAGUGCAGGUGAGGAGGCAGCGAAACCUGGGCUCGACACGGAUGGCAAGGAGGCUCCGCUGCAGGACGCGCUGGAGUGGGAGAAGGUCUAUGCCUGCGCUCAAAGCCUCUUGCAGUACGUUGCCGUGAGUGUCAACGCCAAGUGCGAGGAGGCCCAGAAAACUGCUGCCGCCAAGGAAGCUCAGACAGAAGCGCCAAAGCCAGCUCCCCUGAAGGCAGCAGAGGAUAAAUCCCGGGCCAGCUUCUUCCUGUGGCCCUCGAUCCUCCCGAUUGGCGAGUUCCUGUCCUCGGGUGGAAGCUCCCCUCCCGCGGAGAAGCCUGGCGAGCUGGAGAAGGCCGAGGAUUGGAGCGAAAGAGAUGUGGAGACUCUGAAAUGCAAGCUCCGCGUCUGCAGAUGGGUGCCGGCAGCCCGAGCACCGAGAGAGUGGCUCCAGGCUGUCCCUUGGAUAGGAAAUUCCCAGAGGUUCUGGCGGCCUUCCGAGAUGGCGCUGAUGAAAGACUUCUGGCUCUGUGGGGCUGCUGUCCCGGUGCUCGACUUGGACACACAACUUAUGUUGUCUGGUGAACGCAGGUCCAGUACAGAGGCCAGCUUGCUCAUGCUUCUGGGAAUGCCGAGCCAGGUGCCCCAAGGCCAGCGAAUCAGCUGCGCAUGGUCUCAACUGAGUGCUAUUCGCUUGUGGUGGUCCUCUCGUUCUUCCGAUGUGCAAGAAGAUGGUGCCUCUGCUUGGGUCGCGAACUGCCUGUACCAGCAUGUGUAUCCCCUGCUCCAAGAGAAGCAGGCAGAUGGAACAGACGACGGUGUUGAUAAAGAAAGUGGCAGUGGUUUUGGAAUCAAAGAUCUCUUCGUAGCUGGCAGUUUUGUGCUCAUGGAGGAUCUGUCCAGAAGCCAGGACUUUGGCCUCGCCGGUUUGCAUCAGGUUCCGAAGGAGUUGCAAGGGACUGCGCCUCAGCUCUGCAAGUCGAUCAAGCAGAAUUUCAAAGCGGCCGACUUGGUCCGUGCUCUUCGACGGAUGGCAGAUGUAGCAGACAAGCGGCCGCAGCUUCAGACUGCUGAAACAGAGACAGCAGUUCGACUGGCCAUGGCCCUGUCGGAGCGCAUCCGUGGUCAUGGGGAAGCGGUUCACGAUACCAUCCUGGUGCCAACAAAUCAGGGCACUCUGCGGCCUUCACAGCGUUGUGUGUUCAAUAACAUGCGAUGGCUGUCAGAAGAAGAGCAGCAGAAGAGGAGUAGAGCCGUGACGAGCAGUGGGCUAGACUGGGUCCAUCAAAGCAUCUCUAACGAGGUGGCCCAAUCUCUUCAGGUGCAGGGUCUCAGCACCCAGGUUGCAGCAGAGGCUUUGGCCACAGCCGAUGAAGGAGAGAAGGACCCAGAAUGGUUUGAGGCCGCCGGACAGCAGGAACCCCUAACCUCCCGCUUGCGCUCCCUGAUCCGGGACAUGCUGGACCAAGCCGCCGCUCAGGAUUUGGGGUUUUUCAAGGCACUGCUGCAGAAUGCAGAUGAUGCGACAGCUACGGAGAUCAACUUUGUUUGGGACUGGCGGAGCUUUGGCGGGCAGUCGCUAAUGUCACCAGAGAUGGCACGCUGGCAGGGCCCAUGCUUGUGGGCUCACAACAAUGCCAAGUUCUCUCCGCAGGACUUUGAGAACAUCACGCAACUCGGUUCGAUGCAGAAAAGCAAGUCGCAAAGCCGCAAGACCCAGAUUGGCAGAUUUGGCCUCGGGUUCAAUUCCGUUUACAGCAUGACGGACUUGCCCAGCAUCUUAAGCGAUGACAUUGUGCUGUUCCUUGAUCCACACGUCCAUCAUCUGCGUGGCAUGGGUGCAUCACCUGCCAAGCCUGGGAUCAAGCUGCGUUUCCUGAAGAUUGACGUGCUGGACAAGUUCCGUGAUCAGUUCGAACCGUAUCACGGCCUCUUCGGCUGCGACUUGGCCUCCUCCACGCCCUACGAGGGUACCCUGAUACGCCUUCCCUUUCGCACGCCAGAGUCGUCUAAGCUGAGUGAGAUCAGCAAGACCGUCGUGUCAGCCGAAGAAGCAACAGUGUACCUUCACGCCUUCAAGGAAGCGGCCGCCGAGUGUCUAGUUUUCCUGCAGCAUGUGAAGCAGGCCAACUUCUGCUGGAUUCCUCCCGAUGCUGGUCCCGAUGCUGUUCCGACGCCGCUGCUGCAGGUUCGCCUCAUGCCCUCGAAUGUGCCAGCUUCUUUGGGCCCAGCCGGCCAGAGACGCGCUGAAGUCUUCACGGAUGAGCGUGCGCUGGAAUACAGGCGGGUUUUCUCAUCGCGGUCACUUCAGAAGAGCAAGGAGAAGCAGUCCUUCAUCUCCGACCUUCUCAGCCGCUUGGGUGUCCAGCAGCCCGCGGAGUCAGAGACGAGGCCGUAUGUCAGUUUCAACGUGGUCGUCUCCGUGCGCUGGAUUUCUCCGACGGAUCUGCAAUCUGGGAAGGAGCAGACAGUUCUGGAAGCCUGGCGUCUAUUCCUUCAGCAUGACAAUCCCGAGGAUGAUCGUUGGAGGUCCCUCCUCGGGGAGUCCGAGGCAGAGGGCCUCGGCUACGUGCCCUUUGCAGGCCUUGCUGUCUGCCUCUCCAGGGAGCUGCAUGGACCCAGGAUCUGUUGCUUCCUUCCGCUUCCUGUGACUAGCUCGCUGCCCUUCUUGAUCAACGCCAACUUCUGCCUCACGGAUCCCACGGCGCCUGGUCGCUUGGAUUUGGCUGCUGGCUCCGGCUUUGCAUCUGACUGGAAUAGCAUGCUCCUCCGGCACAUCGUGGAGCCUCUCAUCUGUACGCUGGUAAGGGAGCAGGCUGGAGCCAUACAGGCCGUUCGGAGCCAAAGCCCGAGUGCAGAUGCUGCACACUGGGUCGUGGGCAAGGAAGGGAUUUGCGCUUUGAUGCCUUGCAAGAGUCAGCUGCCGCACAGUCUGCGAAAGCUUCUGAACCUUCCGUCCAUCUACAAGGAGCUUUCGAGUGCUGCGUUGUUCCCGCCUUUGGUGUUUGCGAGACACAGUUCAUCAUCCACAGCUUCCGAACUUGUGGAGAGCGCCCGUUCCUUCGCGGCUCAGAUUUUUCACGAGGCUGACACCAAGCCCUCAGUGAAGCUGUUGUCGUUUACGGCUUCUGUGCAGCCCCUGACACUAGUUGAGGGCCGAGGCAAGCAGCAUCAAGCAGUUCACGAGUACCUUAGCAGUGGGAAAGGAUUCAAAUUCUGCGAAGUGGCUCGCAGCGUUUCCGAAGAGUUCAAGUCUGCGAAUUCAGCCAGACACGCGGAAGUGAACCCCGCCUUGGUACUGUCGUGCCUGCGCGAAGACACUCGCUCCAACUUGGAUGCCCUGACCGCUAUAGAACUCUUGGGCUACGUCCUCAGCGAGGAGCUUCCGGCAGAUGUGGUGUCAGCACUUCAAGGCUUGAAGUUGGCGCCUCUUUGCAGCGGGAAGGUCGCAGCCUUCAGCGCCGGCGCGCCUUUGUACUACGCCUUUCCCGGCGGAUCGGCUCCCGGUUCCAGCGCCCUGGCCCAGCAGGUCUUGCAGCAGCUCGUGCCAGCUCUGACCUUGAACUUGUCGGGUGUUGACGAAGACGGAAUUGCAAGAUUGGGUGCCAGUGCGGUCGGGUUAGGCAUUGAAAAUGUGAGAACUUCGGAGCAAUUGGCCACGGCUCUAAUCGCCGGCUUUCCGGCGAUCCGAGCCCCACCUCUGGAAUACUCCUCACUGCAAGCGGCGAUCGAAGAUCGGCUGGGAGGUCCCCUGAGAUCAGAGUCCUUCCGGCGAGUCGCAGCGGAGUCCCUCAAAGUCUUCGGCGACGAGAACACGGCCCAGUCGACGCUGCGUGCAUUCUGGGCAUUUGCCGAGCUGGAUGGACUGGGUGAGGACUUUCUAGCCGCUUUUGAUCGAUGCUGGCUGCUUCCAGCAUGGGACCUACAAGAAGCGGCAGAUCCGUCCGCUGCAAGCAAGCUCAUGAUGCUUCCGCUGAGCAAGGAAGAACCAUUACUUCUGCCACCGGAGGAUGGAGCAGAUCUAGCCGAAGUGGCCAGGGUGCUUUUGCCAGACAGAUUUGUCGAUCCCAGCCAUCCGGCCGUGACUCCGGGAGUCCUUCAAUUCCUCCAGCAGCAGGGGGUCCUCCUGCCAUUCGGACGAGGCAGCUUGCUGACGGUGCUUGCUGCCUGGGCAUCGGCUUUGGAGCAGCUGGGUUCUUUGAGUAUUCGCUGUCAACGCCUGCGACCUCAACAACGGCACUACCUCUGCUCCGAGUUAUGCACCGCUCUCUGCGAUCCGAUCGCUCCUUCGGAUGCGCGGACGACAGUGGAGAACAGAGCAAGUGUCGUUUGUCGGCUUCCGAUCUUCCUCGCUGAAUCCGAAAAUCGUGAGGAGGAGCAGGCUCAGGCCUUCCGCUCCCUGGUGCAUUUGGCCGUCGUGGAAGGUGAACCCUUGCAGCUCCGCGCCCCGCCGGUGAGGCUGGACUUGGAGUCCACCUUCAUCUUCCUCGCCUCGCCGAAGACGCCCGCGGAGGUCGCCGCAGCUCUGGCCCUGCCUGAGGUCAAGGAACCGCUGCUUCAGCAGCGCAAGUACUUCGAUGCCAAGACCUGGCUGCACCAGCAAGUGCUUCCACACCUUGCAGACAUGGUGGAUGAGGAUCAGGUGCGCUUCUUGGAAAGGCUGCUGCCGCUCAUGGAGAGCCUCGAGGAAGCCAACUCUGAGCCAUACCUCGUCCCAGCAGAAGUACAGGGCAGGCUCAUGAAGCCACCGUGCACCAUCUUGGACCCGCAAGACUUUCUGAUCCAGGAAGUGUUUGGUGCACGAGGUGAUGCCUGGCCCAAGCUGGGAAGCCAUCAUCAGUUCCACUUUCCCUCCAAAGCUCUGUCUUCAACAGUUCUCAGUCAUCUCAGACGCCUGGGCAUGAGAAAGAGCAACAGCGACGGGCGUUGUUUGGGAUACUUGUGCCAGGCUCUUCGCGAACAGCACAAGCGCUUGCCAGGCCAGAGAUAUGGAGAAGUUCAGCGAAGUCUCAUGCAGAAGAUCGUGGAGUCAUGGAGCUCCUUUCCCGGCCCACAUCGAGACAUGGUCCUGGAGCAAGAGUUCGUGGACAUAUCAGCAGAAGCAGACGGUGGAGAGCAGCCGGGGAGCCUCUUUGAACUGCGGCCCUACCGGGCAACGCGGUCGACGGAGCAGCUGCUGAAGCUCUCGUCCUUGGUGUCUCGUGUCAGUGCGACGGACCCUUACCUGUGCUGGACCAGUCUGCCACUGUCUCCGAGAGGAUUUCCCGAAUUCGAGGGAUACCGCCGUCCGAUGCUGGAGGAUGUCCUUUCUCAUGCGCACUCGAUCAGUGCUCUUGCUGAUGGAGCUGUUCCACCUCAUCUGUGGGAGGAGCUUAAGGAGAAGGUGGUUGGCCAGAUCUGCCAAUUCUUGGCAAACUCCUCUGCUUUCCAGAACCUCGAGGACAUCAUGGCGCUGGAUGAAGGUGAAGAGCUUGAGCUGCGGUCACCCGAGACUAUCAUGGCCCACUCCCAGAGAAGAGCGCGCAUCUGCUCGCAGCUUCGCAAAGUCAAGUUCCUGGCAGUGCCUUUGGAAAGCGGUGUGGCCGGUCCGCACACCUUGGUAGCGCCCUGGCGCAUCUCGCUAGUGUUGAAGGAACAUCGGCCUCCAAUGUUUGCUUUGCCCGCCUACCUUUCCGAGCAUGUUGCACUUCUGCGGAUGCUGGGCGUCCGUGAUGCCCUGGAGCUCCCGCAAGAGUCGCAAGGUGCUACCGAAACGGACAUCUCAAGGGUCGCAGACGAAUCCAUGACGUGGCUUUUCGAAAACGGUGCCGACAGUUUUUCUGAUGUGACGUUGCGCUGUGAUGGCGGCUCGCUCUUCCUUCAUCGCAACAUCCUAAUGGCCCGCAGCGACUAUUUCCGGGCUAUGUUUCAGGGGGAGAGUGGCUUUCGGGAAAGCCAAGAAGGUGGAGCAGAGGUGUCCCUCUUCGAGAUCCCGCUGGAAGUUGCCAAGAUCUUGUUCGGCUACUUGUAUCAUGGCAAAGUGGAUGAGCGGCCCCUUGAAGGUCCUGAAGGAACGUCGAACUCCGUAGACCUCAUGUGCUUCGCUGAUCAACUUGGUGUCCCGCGCCUCUUUGAAUUUGCGCAGCUCUGGGUUGCCAACCAGCAGGACCUUGAGGAUUGUGCAGAAAUGCUGAAGCUGGCAUCGAGGCACCGCGCGAGCCUGCUGGAGCGUGCCACAAUGGCCUUGAUGGCAUCGAACUGGGACUCGCCUGAGGUGGAGCAUCAAUUGGCCAAUCUGUCUCCUGAGCAUCGGCUGGCCUUGGAGGAGCGGGUGAAGCAAGCCAGGCAGCAGCGACCCUGA